GACGGUACGUUAUCAGUUGUCUACAAUAACAUGCGUUUUGUUUUGGGUUUACUGUAAACACAAAGCAGUUCGUUAAGCAUCUCAAUUGUGUGACUGGUUCUUCCUAGCAAUCAAAGCGAGACACUAUACAGUAUAGCUUCAAUAUUCAAAACGAAAGCAGGUACGAUUUAGUGAUGCAGGCUGAUAUCAACCAAAUGUUCAUCGAACACGACAUUGUUCCGGUGCUGAUAGAUCGAGCUCCACUCGUGUUUGCCAAAGUUGCUUAUCGGUCCAAACGCUUAGUUGAUGCAGGAAAAGAAUUAACACCGAUUGAAGUACGUGAUGAACCAAAAGUAGAAUGGUGUGCAGAUCCGACAACAUACUACACCCUGGUUAUGAUAGAUCCUGAUUCACCUAGUAGAACUGAACCAUUCAACAGAGAAUUCGCCCACUGGUUAAUCGGAAACAUUCCAGGAAAACACGUGGAGCAGGGUGAAAUUCUUUUCGAAUACAUACCAACCUUCCCCAGAUCUGGAACCGGCUUCCAUAGGUAUAUCUUUCUGCUCUAUCAGCAGCACUGUCGUAACGAUUAUUCCGAAGCACCAAGAGCCUCCCGAAAAAAUCGAACACCACGAAUACAAUUUUCAACUCGUGAAUUCGCUCAACGGUAUAGUCUGGGACACCCAAUCGCGGGGAACUUUUUCAUGGCACAAUUCGACGACUAUGUGCCAGUCAUAUUAAGGCAGUUUCCAGUGUCUAGCGAUUUCUAGUAUCAUUUGUAAUCGCUAAUGAAAUCUGAAUAUAGAUUAUCAACGAAUAAGUCUUUCGGUGGCGUGUGAGUCUGUGGGCCAAGUAAACAUAAAGCAAUAUGAAACUAACUGAUAAUGAGUAGUUGUUGCUCCACGCUGAUUAACUGUCACACUGUAAAUUUCCAUUUCAACUUGUGGUGAAUUUACAUUAAAUAUUUUAAGAACAUUAUAGUUAAUAUUUAUUUAGAGCCUGGGUUCAAAAGUUUCAUCUUUCUCGUUUCACGAUCGUCAACGUAAAAUGAAACCAAAAAAUAGAAAAUCAAUUUGCUUGAAUCAACUGUUUUCUCAAACAACUCUACCAACAAUUGAAUAUUUCCUCCUGCCAUCAAGUGCAGAACCUUGUUUUUUUUCAUACUUCUAUAAAUAAUUCUAUGAAUAAAAAAUUCUACGAGUAAAUCAAUAAGCUGCUAAAUUCAAACUUUUAGGCAACAUUCGCUCUACUUUCUAAUCAACACUUUAAGCGGUGUAGACAAAACGUUGCAUUAAGCUGUCAUGAAUAUCAAUUGCACCCUUAGUUCCCGCGCAAGCAUCGCACCGGAUGAGUAGACUAACAGUGAACCGAAGGUGGAGGAAAGCGUCUCAACAGCAUUAGUAGUUUGAUUUAUUACAUACACAUCCUAAUGGUGUACCGGAACAAAUCGGGUCAGGUGGUAUAGCAGCAACAUCCGAAAAAUCGAACGAACAAUUCAUCAUACCUAGAAACAAAUUGCGAGAAGAUGCGAGCGCCGGAAACGGUUCACAACGGUCACACAAAGCCAUUAGGGUUGUUGAGGCCAAUCAUUGCUUUGCGAUCGCCCUGCAGUUCCGCCCAGAACACAACAGAGCUGUCGAAAGAAACGUUACCGAAUUUUCCACACAUUCAUUCAUCAUUGAUGAUAUGCGAGAAGCAAUUUUCGCCUGCCUGCCCCUCGGGUGUCGUUCGUUCAUUUUAGGCUGAUACUACCGGGUGUAUACACACAACAUUUUUCGAGCAAAAACGAACCAACCAACACUAAAGUCUCAUUCCGUCGAAAUCAAGUAUAACCUAACCAAUAGAUUGGAGAAACUGAAUGGUAAAAAAAAAUCAAAUAGACGUUUUAGAACAUCCAAUAGCUAGGUGCAAAAUACCAAUUAUUAGAAGAAAUGGUAGGAAGUUACGUUUUAAAUUUAGUAUCAUUCCCUUAGCGUGUACCCUACUGACCAUUAGUCUGAACCGGGUAUGAGAAAAUGAGAAUCAUUCGUCUAACAGGGGUGUUUUAGCAGUGAAAACCGCAAGUAACAUCAGCAGCAUCAAGCACGGAAACGACCCAAUCGUGUCGUCGCCCGAGCAUGGAGUUGAUUAUUUCCCAACCGGGUGCGGAAACACCGCUGCUCACAACUCUCGAUUCGAAUAGUUUGAGCAAGCAUACACAGGAACAAAUUGUGCCGCUGAUGGUUUGCAUGUGAAAAUGGGAAAUGCUCGGGAACAAUCAAAUUUCAAUUUAAGUUAGUAAUACGCUCGUUUGCCAAUUCACACAUACGUGAUGGCGGAAUAGAAUGCUAAUCGCUUCUCGUGGAAGAUUAAAUUAAUUCGAUGCUCUGCCUUGUGUGUCGAAAUCAAAAGGUCUACCAAGCACCACUGGUACUGAGUG